ACCAUCUGGUACAGAGAUUCUUUAUUAAUUGUGAAUCUAUAGAAUAUGCGGCAGGCACAAUUUGGAAUUUGGUACAAAACAGUCACGAUUUCGCUUCGCAUGCGCCCGCUUUAACGUUAUUUUUAACUCAUUACGCUAUGGCAAACGCGAGGUGGUGCAAACGGUAUUCGUAACAUUCGUCGAUGAGUCUUUCCCUGCGUGUUACAAGAAGGUAAACAAAUUUUGUUAAUUUACGAACCAGUUUGGCAGAUUAAUGGUGUUUCAUGGAUUGCGUUAAAUGUUCCAAAUAUAAAUCUAUAAGGAAUUGUUGCGGCGAAAGGACGACGUCGAUGGAUAGCGAAAACGAGAACGAAAUUAAUAGCAAAGAUCGUACAUUCCCUAAACGAAGAAAUAAAGUUGCGGAUACACAGAAAGUCGCUAACGUGGAGCUACCAUGUUUCGCUACAAGCGAGCGUUACGACAAUUAUUCGAAAGUGCCAUUGUCUUGGAACACAAAUGGAACAAAUUCCAUGUACCAACAUGUUUCCGAAUUGUCUUAUAACAUAAAAGAUCGAGCAAGUAACGAAUACACAGAGGAGGAAAUCUUUUCUUCUCUUAAGAAUGUCGAGGGCGCCGACUUCCGGUGUCCCAGAUGCGGCAAAAGGAUGCAAGAACCGAGACUUCUCCCUUGCUUGCAUCCUAUAUGUUCGCCUUGCGUUUCAGAAUUAAUGAGUAAACCUCUCUGUGAUUCCUCGAAAGAUAUUAGGAUGCACAGUUCGCAGUCACGAGAUCGAGCUAAUAAUUUUUAUGAAAUGUGCUCUCUAUGCGAUUUUCGAUUACCAAACGCUAAUUCGCCAGUACCGCCUCCGCAUUAUCCUCUUCAGCAUCGUUUAAUUAUGGACGCUAUACGCUGCAGACUUGCAAACAGAGUUCUUUGCGACACUUGUACGGACGAAGUUGUCGCACACGUUCAGUGUUCCACGUGCCUUCGCAAUUUUUGUUCAGAUUGCGGGGUGGAACAUCAGCAACAAAUUACCAUGGAAUUAAAGCCAUCGAAACAUUUAACGAGGCCGAUUUGGGAAGCUACCAAAGUACGACGUACUGCGUUCUGUCAGAAACAUCCUACACACGCGUUACGGUUUUAUUGCAUUGCAUGCCAACAGGUGACAUGCAAAGAGUGUAUAUGGAGUACUCGACAUAGAGGCCAUGCAAGCGAGAAUGCAGCUGGAGCUGGGAAAAGGGUCGCUUUAUACUUGAUAACGAUAUUGCAAAGGGCGAAAACACUUUUGAACCUGCUUCUGACACAGUAUGACCGAGAUGCGUUUUUAAAUGGUUCCUUUGAAGAAAUGAGAGAUACUUUCAUUUCAAAAGAUUAUCGGUAUGUUAAACUUCUAGCACUUUGUACUUGCUAUUACAAUUAUAGAAAAUGUGCAUAUAUUAGUUUCUGAAACAGCCAAAAAUGCUCUGAAACAGAAGACUUGUUAGUAUAAAUGUUAAAUAGGUAUGAAUUGUCAUGUGAUGAUACAAGUAAAAAUCUGUUAGAUUAAGGUAAUAAUAUAACGAGACUGUCAUUUGAGGUACAAUUUAAAUAUUUAUGUAAUAUGUACAGAGUGUAAAAAAAUGUUUUCUCGUGGCUAUCAUAGGGGUUUCUACACAUUCAGAUCGGUGAAAAUUCACGGGCGUACGCGUGUAUGUAUGGAUUGAGUGAGUUUACUUUUACAUUUUUUAAAUACAGUGUUCGGUAACUGAUAAAAUAUAGAAUAAAAAUUUGUACGCGUGUAUCACAUUAAUGAUAACCGUGACAAAACAUUAUAUUACACUCUGUACAAGAAAUGUGAUGAUCAAAUAAAAAAUCAUUCCAUUACCUAAGACAAGGAUUUUGGGAACAAAUACUUUUAUAAAAUGUAUACGCAAUAGCAUUCCACGAUGUAAUUUUGUAUUACAAUCGGUAUGCGAUAAAGGUUUAUGUACAAAAAUAAUAAUAUGUAUUCAUGGAAAAAUAAAAUUUAUUUCAAACCAAUAGCAUCAAA